CCCCUUUGGCCCCUGGGAGCGAUGGGACCGUAACAUUGUGCUUAGCUAAGGCAUUCCAAUGGCAGGGCACGGCCUGUCACACCGCGGUCACUGCUACGACUCCUCGGUGUCCCACACCCUCCCACCCUGUGACUCAGCCAGCAGCCAGUCUGACAGACUCCAGCCCCUAGCUAGCGGGAGGAGGAUGGGAACGUGGAACUCUGUAAUGGAAACUACAUUUCCCAGCAUGCACUGCACUGCACAGCUUCCCCGGAAGUACAACAUAGAGUUGAGAUAUCCUGCAAAAGCCUGACAUCAGUAACCACAGCCGUGUCUAUUUCUCUUAGUAGACUUUUAGGAUGGACAGAUCAAACCCUAGCAGUAGAAGAAGAGGUUCUCAUGGGAAAAAGCAGGACCCAGAUGUGCAUUUAUCAAAAUGUCUGUCAUACGCAUUGAGACAUGGCGCUGUUAAUCUAGGACUUCCCAUGGGAACAGAUGGCUUUGUCCCUGUCUCCUCUCUUCUCCUUCUACCUCAGUUUCGCACCUUUUCCCAGGUUGACAUUGAACGUGUGGUAAGCUGCAAUGACAAACAGCGCUUUACAUUACGCUAUUCUUAUGCUGAUGGUGCCCUGGAAAUUCGAGCCAAUCAAGGCCACUCCUUACAGGUGGAAGUUGAACUGACACCACUUGGGGAAGAGCUUCCCAAUCAAGCCAUUCAUGGUACCUACUUCCGUCACUGGCCUUCAAUCCAACAGCGCGGCCUUUCUCGGAUGAAUCGUACUCAUAUCCACCUCUGCACUGAGCUCCCAGGUGAAGGACAAGAGUGUAUCAGUGGAAUGCGCAGGGACUGUGAAGUGGCCAUAUUCAUAGACCUUCCAAAAGCUGUGGCAGAUGGACUUCUUUUCUUUUGGUCUUCAAACCGUGUCCUUCUCACACCAGGGAAUGCAGAUGGUCUGCUUCUCCCAAAAUAUUUCCUGCGAGCCCUGCAGCUUCGACCUCAAAGACAAAUGAUUCCACUUGAAUAUUCAAGAGACAAAGAAACCUAAAGAAGUGGCCGCUGGAUAGAUGUAUUGGUUCUUUAAUUAAACAAGAUACCAUGUAUAUGUAUAAUACAGAUAUAUCAUUUAUAGUCCUAUUUAUAGCCGUUUGGUCUUAGGAAGAUGUUAGCAUUACACAAACAAUACUGUGAUUUUGCAUGAGAACACUAUGAGAUGUCCUGGCCAUAUAUUGAUUUCUUCUUGUAAAAUACAACCAUUUGUGAUAAAGUCUGUGUGUUUAUAGGCUGUGCAGUAACAAAUACACAAUAAUAUUGAGGCAGUAUUAUUAAUUGCCAAGAGUAAUUAUUGGCACAGGCAUUGACAUGGAAGCUGCUCCAUGGCCUCACUGGGGAGUAUUUUCAUUUAGUGUAACAUUUUGAUAGGAAAGUGCUUCCUGUGAGUCCUGCAGUGCUGGUGGUAGCCUUGUUGGAUAUAUGUAUAAACAAACACAUAAACUCA